AAGCGUACUAUGCCAUUCGAAUAUUCUUGGGUCCUUCCAGAAUUAUGGCGCUAAUGUAUGUGGUCCAACAUAGUCUCACUAUAAUCCACAAAGCACGUGACAUAACCACAUCAUCCAAUCAAUUUCCGUCGACAAUCCUACGUGUACAAAAAAAACCAACCUUCCACAGAAUUUCCCCAAAAUCUCAGCCGUUAAAAUCCAAACUUCCUAUCAUCAUCUUCUUCUUCAUCCUUUUCCGUGUCGUCAAAAAAACACAAAACCAAUUUCGCAUUUCGUGUUUACGUUGCGUACUCCAAAUAGAAACGAAACUAACAAACCUCAACGAACCUGAACGAAAGUGAACGAAGCCUCUUCUUCUCUCGAGGUUGAUGCCAUGGCCACUAAUUAUCAACCUUCAAACGCUUUCUCCUUCUUUUCCAAAGGUUGGAGAGAUGUUCGUGACUCAGCUGACGCGGAUCUACGUUUAAUGAAAGACCGAGCCAACUCGUUCAAAAACCUAGCCACUUCUUUCGAAAGUGAAAUCGAGAAUUUCUUAAAUUCGGCUGCUCCAGCGUUUUCUGUUCCGGCGAUAAGUUCUCCGCCUCCGGCGGAGAUUGAAUUCGUGAAGAAACUUCAGCCGAAGUUGUCGGAGAUUCGGAGAGCGUAUUCGUCUCCGGAUUUUAGUAAGAAGGUUCUGGAAAAGUGGAGGCCGAGUGCGAAGAUUCGGAUUGAUUUGUCAGCUAUUAAGAACGCGAUUGUUUCGGAGGAAUUUGGUGAUGGGAUUGUGGAUUUUGAGAGAGGGUUUAAGGGAAGGAGGUUAAGUUUUUGGGAAGGGUUCAAAGGUGAAAUUGAAAGUGAGAGUGAAACUAGGGUUUGGGAACCAAUUCGAGUUUUGAAAACUAGAAUUAAAGAGUUUGAGAAACGUAGUUCAUCUUUUGAUGGAUUCAAGAACAGUGAAUUUCUUGAGAAACUUAAGUCUAGCUUGAAAUCGAUGUACAAGGAACCGCAAGAGUCAAAGGAAGUGCCACCAUUGGAUGUACCUGAACUUCUGGCCUACUUUGUGAAACAGUCUGGGCCAUUUUUGGAUCAACUUGGAGUCAGCAGAGAUACAUGCGACAAGAUAGUUGAAAGCUUGUAUAGCAAACGCAAGAACCAAUUUCUACUGCAAUCUCUUUCUGGGGAAGAAUCUUCUUUACUCGGGAAUGGAAACAUAAAUGAUGAAUUGGAUUUGCGAAUAGCUAGUGUCCUUCAGAGCACAGGGCACCGGUAUGAAGGUCAUGCAAAGCAGGAUUUGUCUAACAAGGAAAGACAUGUUGCAAUUGUCACAACCGCUAGUCUUCCUUGGAUGACAGGAACAGCUGUAAACCCACUAUUUCGAGCUGCAUAUUUAUCACAAUCUAAAAAGCAGAAAGUCACUCUGCUGGUUCCAUGGCUUUGUGAAUCGGAUCAGGAACUAGUUUAUCCCAGCAACGUCACUUUUACUUCGCCAGAAGAGCAGGAAGGUUAUAUUCGUAACUGGCUUGAGGAAAGGAUUGGUUUUAAGGCAGACUUCAAGAUUUCUUUUUAUCCCGGGAAGUUUUCAAAGUCAAGACGUAGUAUAAUGCCCGUUGGAGAUACUUCUCAAUUUAUACCAUCUAAGGAUGCUGACAUUGCUAUCCUGGAAGAACCAGAACAUUUGAAUUGGUAUCAUCAUGGGAAACGUUGGACCGAUAAAUUCAACCAUGUUGUUGGCAUUGUUCACACAAAUUACUUAGAAUACAUCAAAAGGGAGAAAAAUGGAGCACUCCAGGCAUUUUUUGUGAAACACAUCAACAACUGGGUUACAAGAGCAUACUGUGACAAGGUUCUCCGUCUCUCGGCGGCUACUCAGGAUGUACCCAAGUCAGUAAUUUGCAAUGUUCAUGGCGUGAAUCCCAAGUUCUUAAAAAUUGGAGAAAUGGUUGCUGCAGAGAGGGAGCUAGGGCAGAAAGCUUUCACAAAAGGAGCAUAUUUCUUGGGAAAGAUGGUGUGGGCAAAGGGAUACAAGGAGAUGAUAGAUUUAUUAGGAAAGCAUAAGACAGACCUUAAUGGCUUCAAGUUAGAUGUAUUUGGAAGUGGAGAGGAUGCUCAUGAAGUUCAGAGUGCAGCUAAAAGGUUGGAUUUGAAUCUCAACUUUCAGAAAGGAAGAGAUCACGCAGAUGAUUCCCUUCACAGGUACAAAGUCUUCAUAAAUCCUAGUAUCAGUGAUGUGCUAUGCACAGCUACCGCAGAGGCACUUGCAAUGGGAAAAUUUGUAGUUUGUGCUGAUCAUCCAUCAAAUGAGUUCUUUACGUCAUUUCCCAACUGUUUGGUUUACAAGACACCUGAAGACUUUGUAGUAAAAGUAAAAGAAGCGUUAGCAAAUGAGCCUUAUCCUCUCACACCCGAACAGAGAUAUAAACUUUCUUGGGAAGCGGCAACUCAAAGAUUUAUGGAAUAUUCCGAGCUUGACCAAAUCCUGAACAAGGAAAAUGAUAGUGCAAAGUCAGGUAGAGAUAAGGGAAGACUCAUUGGCAAGUCGGCGUCAAUGCCUAAUCUUUCAGAACUAGCAGAUGGAGGCUUAGCUUUUGCUCACUACUGUCUCACUGGGAACGAGUUCCUGAGAUUAUGUACUGGAGCAACACCUGGGACACGUAUUUUUGACAAGCAGCACUGUAAAGACCUUAAUCUCUUGCCCCCACAGGUGGAAAAUCCUAUCUAUGGCUGGUAAAUGGAUUGACUAGUUUGAAUAUGUGGCUAAGAACUAUUUGUGACGCCAGAUUAAGACACAAGCAGCAUUGUAAAAAAGUUAUAAAUGGCUGGUGUGUAGCUUUAGUGUUUCAAAUUUUUAGUUUCUGCUUGUUUAUAGUUUGCUUGUAAUUAGGUGCCUGUUCAGUUUAUAAUCCUUAAUUUUGUAGCUAUAAUUGUUUUUGUAUUUUUGUUAAGUGAUGUAGUUUUCUACUACUUUCAAAAUACAUGUAGAACGCUACGCUAACGUUGAAUUUUACUGUGUAAUGGAAAAAAAAUCGUUCAUCCAUGUAACUCUGGGAGUAAGCUUAAACAUGGAUCAGUUUAACCUGAAA